AUGACCCUAACUGAGACGCCCUUUACCAUCGACAACCUUCCGUACGGUGUGAUCUCCACUGCGGAAACACCGACUCCGAGAUGCGCAACAGUUUUGGAGGACGAUGUCAUAGACCUGAGUGCACUUGAGAAAGAUGGAUACUUCAAGUCUAUUCCAGGAUUGAAAGGGGACGUCUUUUCUAUGCCAACCCUGAACAAGUUCGCCUCUCUCCCAAAAGAAACCCAUGUACGGACCAGAGCAGCGCUUGUCGACCUUCUCUCAGACAAUGAUAUCCGUAAAAAGUAUGCCAUUCCCCUCUCAACGGUACAGAACCACCUCCCAAUGGAAACCAAGAACUUCAGCGACUUUUACUGUUCGUUCGAACACACCAGAAACGUACCCUCAUGGUUCGUCAUCCCCUCCGUCUACAACGGCCGACAAAGCAGCCUCCGCAUCUCUGGUACUCCCAUCCGACGACCCUGGGGCGUGACGCUCGACUCCAACAAACCCAACGACCCACCAGCAUUCAGACCCAGCGCGCGCUUUGAUUUCGAGCUAGAAAUGGGCGUCUACCUAUCCCAUCCACUCCCCCCAGGCGAGAUCCUCAACAUCAACAACGCAAAGGACCACAUCUUCGGCCUAGUCAUCCUGAAUGACUGGUCUGCAAGGGAUAUCCAGACGUACGAGAUGGCACCAUUGGGCCCAUUCCACAGCAAGGGCUCGGGAACAAGCAUCUCACCAUGGAUUGUACCUAUCGAGGCACUGGAGGGGUCACAAUGUAAUGCGAGGGUGCAGGACCCGGCGCCCUUGAAACACCUAGCAUGGAAGGGCAAGGAAGAUGAGGCAACCUUCGAUAUUGAGCUGAAAGCGAGAGUUAUUCGAGAUGGAAAAUCCUACACCGUCACCGAAACAAACCUGAAAGAGCUCUACUGGACUCCAUACCAGCAGGUGACCCAUCUCUGUAGCGCAGGCGAGGGUCUAUCGACCGGAGAUAUCUUCGGUACGGGCACCAUAACUAGUGAUGUACGAGAAGAAAUCGGAGUCGCAUGCCUCCUGGAGCGAAAAUUAGAAAGAAACAUCCUCUCCGAAGCCAGCAAGGACGGUCUCGACUUCCUUGCAGACAGAGACGAAGUCAUCAUGGAAGGGUGGUGCGUUAACCGUCUCACGGGAGGUAAAUUCGGGUUUGGAGAGUGUCGUAGUGUCAUCCUUCCUGCUUUGAAGGAGGGGUCUUGGGAGUGA